AUGCGCCACGCAAAGCUUUUCGCGGCCCUGGCCACGGGGGCGACAGCACACCACGCGCUCUUUGCGCCGGGUAUGCAUUGUCGUGGCGGCAACAACCCAGCAGUGGACGAUCAAAACACCAACCUCGUCGUCAACCCCCUCUAUAACCUCACCAAGGAGCAGUGGUGGAUGCAAGCGGACCGAGGCUGUAACGUCGUGGGCCCCCCCAGCGGACAGUCCCUCGCUCUACCUGCAGGAGGUAUCUUUACUGGUGAAAUCGCCGAGAACCGCGCCUUCACCACUCUCUCCUACAAUGGUGAUCUCACGACAGACUGGACAGACGGACGGGACCACCCUGUGAACUGGACCGGCCCCAGCACAGGAGAGGGCUGUCUGGUUAACAACCCUGACGGGUUUGGUGGUCCGUUGCAUACCCAGAACGAGACCAGGGCCACAGGCACUGCGCUGGCGAUUUCGUACAAUUCCAACUUGGCGAAGGUGAAUAUGGAGAAUUUGGUUGUCAUCUCUGUUGCCCCCAACACCCCCUGGAAACGCCUGGUCAACUACCCCAUCCCCGCCGACCUCCCCCCCUGCGCCCCAGGCCAAUGCUACUGCGCCUGGCUCUGGGUGCCCGACGGAUGCGGCGAGCCAAACAUGUAUAUGCAAAACUUCCGCUGCCACGUUCCAGGGAGCACGUCAGUUCGUCGGUUGGGCGUUGCCCAGCCCCCGGUGUAUUGUGCGAAUAACCCUUCUGCUUGCGUUAAAGGUCCAAAACAGAUGAUCGCCUGGCAUCAGCGGACUGGCAACAACGUUGUCACCCCGGGGGACGUCACACCGCCGUAUAACUCCAAGAUGGGCUUUUUCGCAGGAGCGCAGAACGAUAUCUUUGAGCCGAGGGUGGGGUGUUUUGUUGAUUCUGACUCUCCUCGCGUUCUGCCGCAUCAGAUCAGUAGCAUUACCGGUGGCAUGACAACGGAGAAGUGUAUUUCUGCCUGUGAGACGGCGGGAUAUUUCUAUGCGGGAGUCGAAUACAGCACCGAAUGCUUUUGCGGCAACUCCCAGCCUGGGUCGGGGUUGUUGGUGGCUGAUGGGCAGUGUGAUAUGCCUUGCGCGGGUGACGGGGGAGAAACAUGUGGAGCGGGGUGGAGGAUUGAGGUUUAUGGGACGGGGAAGUACCCGGCUAGUUCUUACACUCCUGCUGUGUCGCCUGUUUUGACUACGUCGACGUGGCUGUAUCUUUGUCCUGAGGUUCAAUGGGGUGGGAGUUGCGAGAAUAUCAGGGUUGGGCACGCGGAGAAGUGUGUCAGUUUGGCGGGGACUGACCUUUACAAGAGAGUUAGGUCUGCUGGGCCGGAUAUGGGGAGGUGUGUGUUGUUUAGGUGAGUACACUUGGUUCUGCUGGUUUGAACUUGCUGUGAUGCUAACGGGAGCGUUUAGGGGUGAUAACUGCGAGAGAGACUCGGGGACUUACUUCCCGCUGGUAUACCCAGGGGUUAAUAACUUUGGGACGCAAAAUGAUGCUUGGGGAUCAGUAAGAUGCCGGCCUUGAUAUCUGGAGGGGGCAAAGACACUAGAUAGGGGAAAAGCUGGUCGAGGGGCAAAAAAGAGGUAUUAUGUUUGUGUGUAUUGAAGAAGGAGCGCUACUUGUAAUGAACAGCCGUGACAGCGUCUAAGGGUCGACACUGUAAUUCUCCAACUCUAAAUCUACAUCGUGCCUUUUCUGAUGGGUGCUAAUUUCAUCAGAAACAAUUGUA